CUGCGCCUUUGUUGAAUGUAAACCCGAUGCUUCCUCUUAAUGGUUUUAUUUAAUGGUGAAAGGGAGAAUUUGAAGUAGGCUACUCGAUCGAGGAGGUGAGCGAUUUUUUUUUUCUUGACGACUUUGGCCAUUUGGUCAAAUUUACAAUACUGUGAAGGUUGCUUUGAUAAUUGUUCAUUAGGCAUUCGGGCAUACGGAACUCACCGUAGCGAGUUACUGCUUGAAUGACCGGCAAACAAAAUUAGCUUCCCAGAGCGAAAUUGCACAAUGCCCAAAGAAACCUUUAUUGAAUCAUGUAUUAAUUUUUCGUAUACCGAAACGUUAGCGCCAACCCUAUGAGAGAGCUUAUUGUAGGGAUGAAUUUUCAUUGUUGUUCAGGAAAUAUUGUUGAACACAUUCUCCACUACAUCAAGAAACUAAGGCUCGGUUCAGAAGCCGAAUAUUUCAUGAGCCGAACCUAAAACGUUGAAUUAUACCGGUAAACAGUCUGGGUUCUUAAUUGAAUAGGAUCUCCUAUUUCAAUUUGGAACGGCUCAGCGAUUUUCCCCGCUGGGGAAGAGACGAGGAAUGGGACCGAGGAACGAUGUUUUGCCCACAUCUGAGGGUCUCAAUGGGGUUAACCGAUAGGCGUAAAACGGCCAAAAAUUUAGCCGAUAGCCGUAAAAAUUGAAAAAUUUUAACCGUUAGCCGUAAUUAGGGUAAAAAAGAGUUAACCGUAAAAGAAAGUGUUCCCUAGAUUUGCUACUUUUAAGGAAGGUACUAAACUCACUUAUGGUUGCGUUUUUUAUUUCCCGGCUAGUGUGACUCCAUACGCACGUUAGGCGAAGCGCCUUUUAGGAGUUAACCUAGACCUAGGCUCCAUUUCCGGCGCUCUCUCUGGGAACUAACUAGAGAAAGUGUGGCUUCUUGCUGGGGAUUAAUAUUUGCAAUUUUCCGGAGGUCGUGCCCUCGAAACACUAGUGAAACAACACGCAGAGAUGUCACUGUUUGUAAAACUCGUUGCCGAUAAGCAACAUUUCCCUGUUUUUCUCUGACGCUACGGUAGACAUUGCCAUGCCUAGUCCCUGUACGGCGUCUACCCACGCAGUUUCGGUCAAGGCAUUUCGGUGGUGAACUCGCUCGGACCACGUGACCCGAAACGCAUUAGCCGUGCGGAAUAAUGCAGCCUACGGACAAGGCAACGGCAGACAAUCGUUCCGUAGUCCUUCGCUAUCAUUAAAAACACUGGACACGGGAAUUUUGUUAUUGGCCUUUUGACACUAUAGCUAGAAAUGGAUCAUCCGUCUGAGACUAGCCUGUGUCUAGUCGCGUCCUCUCCACAGACACCCCCUCUCCGAUUUUUUUCUGAGGGGGGGGCGGCUGUACACAGGCUAUCUGGAACGGAUAAUCCCGUCUUCAAAAGUCAGGCAGAUUGUUCAUUCCAAAUUAAAACUAUUCCAUUUUCAAAUUAAGACAUAUUACCUAUCUGACGCGAAUCAUCAAACGGAUAACCCGUCUCACACGAAUAAUCCUUCUCUAGUGUGAAAACGGCCAUUUCUGUUUUAAUGAAUGUCGCGCCCCGGCUUUGAUUUGGCGUUCGUGUGUCUGCUUUUGCUUUUUCACGAAGAUAAUUUUUCAAUUGGCUAUUGACAUUACUAUGUGUAAAAUAAUAUUAGAAGUGAAAUACUUUAUAAAAGAAUAGCUUAUUUCAUCCCGAGAUGAUCCGAAGACCCUUAUUCAAAAAAAUACAGGUUGAUUAAUAUUUAACUCUUUGAAACAAAAGAAGUUAAUUUUUAACUUUUUCGUUAACCGUAACUGAAAAAAAUUAACCGAUAGCCGUAAAAGAGCCAAAAUUUUAGCCGAUAACCGUAAAAGCCACCACCCCAUUGAGACCCUCACAUCUUGCAAAGCGGUCACCUUGCGUGGUGGUCAGCGGAUAAUUGCAGUAUUUUUCCCACAGUAAAUAUUUUAGAAGCAACAAGCGAACCGGCAGAGGAAAUGAUUACAAAUUGAAAAAAGAAAUAUAGUAAUAUCAUGCCUCUUUGUUUUUCUUGCAUAUUGUAUUUGUCCUUUAGUACUAAAAACUGCGAGGGAAACUAAAACGCACGCGACUAGACUGUUCACAGACCCCUAUUUUCGCGUAAGAUCGUCGAGAUCGAGCGCUAUUCGUUACGGGUUGCCAUCCUGGAUCCCCGACGCCAGCCCCCUAGGUAUAUUUGAAAAUCAAGAUGGCUGCCAUUAACGGUAAGACGCACUAUAUCACGACUAUCUGAAGGAAAAAUAGGGGACAUCACUGUGAACAGUCUAGCAAGCGACAGUCACUGCAACCGUGUUAAAUCAACGCGCUCGAUCGAUAUAUAGGUUACAUCGCUCAGUUUUGCCAGGCGAGGACAUCUAAAGAGCGACGUAGAUUCAAUAAAUUUGAGAAUUACCAAAAUAUAAUAGUGAGAAAUAGUCCCACCUUGGACCGCCAUGUUUUUGUUCCUUCUCAAAACCGUUGAUCUAUGGUUUUUGACGUAAUGCGCAUGAUCAGUACAGAAAUCCGCUGGCAAGACUCUUGCUGAUCGCUUUGCAAGUUGUGAGAACAUCGUUUUGAUUUCAUUUCAGAGAAUGUAUAGGAAGUAGCUGUCUGUCAUCUAGUAUGAAUCCGCCCGUUUAUCAUUCGACCCUUUCCUUAACCGCAAAUGAAUAAACAAACUAUAUCAAACCAACUUUGAACAGCAAAAAAAUCUUGAUAGCGACUUUAUUUUAUGUUGUGGCAGCACUGAGAGAACACAAAGAGUUUAAAACUUCUAAGUACACGACGUUUCAGUUGUUUGAAAACAAAUUUAAAUAUACUGCAUAAGUUUUACGCAAGAGUUUACCUGUCAAAACUUUGACCUAUCCGAGACAAGAUUGUGCCUGAGCGUGAAACCAAAAACGUGACCAAGCUAACUUUUGAAAGUUUUGUUUUUGUUGAGGAUUCAAUGGAAAUUCAAGAUCCCUACUGGAAAAAUGCCAGUGGCUGCCUCUCAGUCAACUGGUUAACGUUUCACCAAGACAAACGCAAGUUGCAUGUCUUGUUUUCCCCGUCCCCACCCCUGCAGAGUCUACUUAGUCCCUCUUUGCUAGUACGUACCUCAUAACCAAUUUUUUUUUUCAAACGCGGAGGUCCCGUGCGCUAGUAGCUUUUAUUCAUUAAAAAAAGUUUCGCUUCUAAAUUGUGGGUCUAACUGUCUUUUGCUGUAAAAUUACAUGAUUAAAGAAACUAAAGAUUUUCACAAAUCUAUAUCUCUUAAUGCUUUUUUUAAAUUAGGGAAUCAAAAGAUCAUGCAAGCCUUACCCUUGUUGCUGGUUGUCAUGAUAACCGUAUCAGCCAGUCAUGGGUACGUCAGGGUGUGCUACUACACCAGUUGGGCCCAGUAUCGUCCAGGUGCUGGAAGAUUCCUUCCAGAAAACGUGGAUCCAUUUCUUUGCACCCACGUCGUCUUCGCUUUCGCAGUAAUCAACGAUCAACACCAGGUAACCUAUUUUAAGGGGGCAGUAUAAGGUAUACACAUGUACAUACCAGUUAGGCCGCUAAUGCGCUCAGAGGCACCUUGUCGUGUUGGUGGACUAUCUGGUACUUGUCUACUAUUCACUUCAUACUUUAAGUUUAACAACCCCAAAUCGAAUAUUGUCCAAUUUUCCAAAAUUUUAAACGUUCCCCACAAUCACAAAUUCUUAUACUUUAAAAAUAUUCGAAAGAAAAAUCAUCCAAAAAUUCUCAAAAAAUUAUUGAACCUAGGACUCCAAGCUAACUGAGUCACUUUUUGAUUGAAUGAAGUCUUGGCUAUAAAUUAUAUAUUUAAGAAAAAGUGCGGAAGUAAACUCAAAACGAUGCUUUCGACCAGGCUGUCCCCUUGAACUUCUCUCCACGGCCGCGACUUGAAGACUCCCACCAUGACUUUGGACUAUACGACACAACUAAGAAAAUGGUUUAAAAAUAUCCACCGGUUUAAUACUUAUUGUAGAUUUUAGGCUUUCAACUUAAAUACUCAACUCUGAACUCGGCCUUAUAGACUGCAAUAAAGCGUCCUGCCGAAUUUGUUUUUAAGAUUGUCCCCAAUACAAUAUUUCUGUUUCAUUCCCAUUCACUUGUAUCAUUUGGCACAUUGCGUUUGCUGUAGUUCAAAUUAGCUUUCUUUCAUUUCUAAACAACUAUUUCUUGAUCGAUGUUUCAGGGGAACUUCUGUGUCUGAUUUGUUAACAAGUGAUGAAAUGGAUCAAAACAGUUGGAUCGAAGACCUUGUAACAGGCAUAAUCAGUUUACUUGAUUCUUUACUUGUUUUAUGUGAUUUCUUUCUUUCAAUUUUCUCUUUUUUUUUUUGUCAAUCCAGAUCAUUCCAUUCGAUUGGAACGACAAAGAAAUGUAUAAACGUUUCAAUAAUCUGAAGAACACGAACCCGACCCUUAAGACGCUCUUGUCCGUUGGAGGUUGGAACUUUGGAAGCCAAAAGUUUUCUGAUAUGGUCAGUAAGCGUGGUAACAGAGAAGUAUUCAUUAACUCUGUUAUGAGGUAAGAAACUUACUACGUGGUCCGUCAUGUCAUCCCAGCUUGAAAAAGGAAAAUUCUCAUCAGACCCGUUUAAAGGUUUCAUUUUUUGCAACGAGUGUACAAAGGCUCCAUGUGCUCCACAUGGAAACUAUAGUUACUUGUUCGUAAUUUCCGGUUACAUCAUGAAAAAAUUUCACCAAAUACCAUGUUUUGUAAAAAGGCCUAAAAGGGCCGGGUUAAAAUCAACUAUACAAUGACCUUUUUCAGCUGUGAUCGCGGAGGGUUAGGUUCGGGGGAGGGUUUAACGAUUACAAAAUAUUGAAAGGGCGUGGCCUGGGUCUGAGUGAGAGCCAAUAUUCGUUCUUCUGAUGUUUUAAAAGUAAUCAGCUAACCGGCAGUCUGGAGUGAUAAAGGAACGCAUAAGGAAUAUAAACACAUCUCACACUCAACAUGAUGACCAGGAGUCCCAUCGUUUCAGUCCCCUGGAGUGCGUUUUUUAACUUAAGGUGCAUAACGAGGAGGAAUUAAAUCAGCAAGGAAUUUUUUUUUUCUCGCCGAAUUUGAGGUGAGCUUUUCCUUCCAUACUUCCAGAUCAUGAAAUGACUGCAACUUGAUUUUGAUUAGUUUGUUGAGGCAUUAUGAGUUUGAUGGACUUGACCUGGAUUGGGAGUACCCUGCAAACCGUGGCUCACCACCAGAGGAUAAAGAACGCUUCACAACCCUUUGUGAGGAGACAUUAGUAGCAUUCGUUGAAGAAUCAGGGCAAACGGGUAAACCACGGUUGAUGCUGACUGCAGCAGUGGCAGCCGGCAAAAAAGUAAUAGAAACUGCUUAUGAGAUCAGCAAAUUGGCUGACAUUCUAGAUUUUGUCAGCGUAAUGGCGUAUGAUCUUCAUGGAUAUUGGCAUGGGAUGGCAUCACCGGUCAUCACACUGCCCUAGUGGACCCCUCUGGAAGUAACCUGACGGUCACAUUCGCAGUGGACUAUUGGCUAUCUAAGGUAGAGUUUUACGUCUUUUAUUCAAUGUUUACUUACAGAGAAUAACAAAAUAAAUAACGUAAAACAUGAAAACAUGUACUGAUCUUGUCUUAGAUCCCAUCAUUAGCGUAAUGUUUGUUUCAGUAGAACUUUAAAAUGUGACGGAAGCAACAAUUUAUAUUAAUUACUGUUGUGAAGUAUUUGAAAAGUUAUUUUUAAGAUCUUUAUUUUCUUUUAAGUUUCGUUUUUGUUUCGUUAAGUUGGUCAAGGUUGAUUUUUCCAAGUAUAGGUGUUUUCCUGUUUUGAUCUUUUGUUUUCACUUGCACUUGAAUUUUUGCUUAGUUCGCGAAUUUACUGACCUUGUGUCAUAUUAGGAAUAUUCUUCGCUUGUCAUUGUCAGAUGUUAGCUUUUCAUAGGUGGUCGUGUUUGUCAUGUUAGUGUUGACCUUGCUUCAUUAUAUUAGUCUCGCUGAAGCACAGGCAUCCCAACCUCACGUUACGAGUGUGUUAUGUAAAUUAACUUUCUCACAAGAGAGUCGGUGUCGCGUUACAAGCAACCGUUGAGACUUUGUAUGAGAAAUAAAAUACUGAGGUCUGCGAACGCUAAAUAUCAUUAUUCUAACUUAUUUUCUAUAAAAUAAAUAAAGGAGACUUACCUUUGAUGUAUUCCUGAGUUUUCUGGCGUGAAUUCAUCGAUUUAGUUGGGGUUUUUUUUAUUGUUAUUGUUUGACCCCUGUCACUCUCUUCAUACUUCACACCGUUGUAGCGCGACACCAACUCUCUUGUGACAAAGUUAAUUAUUUACAUAACACACUCGUAACGUGAGCUUGGGGCGCCUGUGGUUGAACGACGUAUUUGGGCUUGUUAGCCAGCGUUUUAUGUUGGUUUGUAGUUUCUUACCACGAUCGCAAUUAGGGGGGUUCAGUGAUACGUACCAAAACAUUACCCACACCGAGUUCACCUUUAUUUUCCCACGGUCAGCUAACCCAAAAAUGUCCAGCUUUGGCUAUGAAAAGCCGCUACUAUACUUGAACUAGUUAGUUAGAAGUGAGUGAGGAUUGAGUAGAGAAGAAGAGUAAGAAGAUUAAGAUAAAGAACAAUAUGUUAAUCAGAUUCCUGGCGUAGCGAGCGAGUUGCUCGAACGCACCCCCACAUAUUUCGCUUUUCCUCACCCAGGGCAUGCCAAACAAUAAAAUCGCCUUGGGAAUGGCACUGUACGGAAGAACAUUUACCUUAGCAGACCCCAACAACCAUCGACUGGGAGCACCUUGCACCGGUCCCGGAAAGGCUGGUACCUAUACUCGAUCAACUGGAUUUUUCGCCUAUUUUGAGAUAUGUACAAUGGGGUUGACUGUGGUGGAAGAAACAGAAGUAGAUGCUCCAUAUGGAUAUCUUGAUGAUCAGUGGGUUGGAUAUGAUGACCAGACUAGCAUGUUACUGAAAGUUAAUACCCUUAUUAAAGGAAACAAUCUGCUUGGCGCUAUGUUCUGGGCAUUUGAUCUGGACGACUUCACGGGAACUUUCUGCCGUGAAGGAAGGUAUAUUUCCCUUAUCACCAAUUAUUUUCUUGGGGUCAUACUUAUUGCCUUUCUUCAGUUUGGAAUCGAGUCUACUGACCAAAUUCAGAAGAAAAUGGCAGUUAGGUGUUAUUGGAGAUUUUCUAUGAGAAAAUCUCGACAAAAUUGAUAACGCAGAAAGUGAAAAAUAAAAUCUAGUGGUUUGAUCAUCAGGAAAAUGUUUGCUCUUCCGUUGAACUAAAAAGGAGUUUAAAAAGCUUUCUCGGACACUCAAAGCAAACUCGUUCCAAGGCCUCUCUCUUCUUAGAGAACGAAGUUGUACCCAAGAGAGACACUAUGUCGAGUUAAUCAGCAUCUGGAUACCUCAAGAUCGGCAAAAAAUUCUAGAAAUGAGACGAGAAACGUUCCAUCUCCGGUUCGUAUGAAAUUAAAAUAUUGAUUAAACGAAACAAGUCUUAAGACUUUAUUUACCUUUUUAAUGUCUAAACAACAGAGUCUUUAUAUCUUCCCUUUAAGGACCUAGUGAAAUUCACCUAUCUGAAAAUUUGGGAAAACAAGAUUUGAGUUUAACUUUAGGCAGGGGGUUCAUUAAGGGCCGGGCAACGGGCAACUCAGUUGCCCUCCUGUUCAAAACCUUAAUGAACCCCCUGUUUAGGGAUAUAUGAGUUUAAAGGAUUUAAAAAUAUAUAACGCUAAUAAGCUACCUUUUCAUGGGGGAUGAUAAUUAUAUAUCAAAAAACUGAUUAAGGAAAGCUUUGUCCCCCCAAAAAUGGUUAUUAUGGAGAUCUGAUGAAAAUAUCAAACAUUUCUUAUCUCAGGUAUCCGUUAAUAAAUGCAGUAAAAGACGCUCUGGAAGGUGGAGAAUAUGUUGACCAAAGUGAAAUUCCCCCUAUCGUUUCCCAAACUACCUCUGGUGUUUGCUAUGCGAUAGGGCCAUGGCAGGGCGAAUCCGAUGCAGACGCUUGGUGCUACCUCAACUGUCCAGCAUAUUGCCCACAGGAUUCGUGUGCUUGCGAUUAA